GUUUGUUUAAAUGUAGCUUAAAUAAAUUGAUUGCGACCACUUACCUUAAUAAAAUUGAGUAAACUGAAUGAAUCAUUUUUUUCAGUGCAUGUUGUUUGUUCACUACCCUUACAAAAAUGAAAGUUUCUUUUUUUAUGGGGAUUUUAUUUGUAGUAAAACCAUAGCCUACUGUAUAGUAACCACAAAUUUACCAUCUUACGGCAUAGUUCAACCAUGCUUGUUUCACCAUGAACUGUAAAAAAAAAUGCAGCAUGAAGUUAAAACAACUUGGUUUUGCAAGUCAAUUCAACCUUAAAUUUUAAGUUGACAACUUAUAAAAUCAACUUGAAAUUGUUUAAAAAUAUGUGUUUUAUUUGACAAAAAUACUGCGUCUUUUUUUACAAUGUAAUACAAAUAGUAUUCAAUCUGCCAAAAACAUGAUUACUACACUUUUAGUCAAUUAUAAAAUCAUGAUUAAUUUCCUAAGUGAAGUGUCCAACAAAUUUAUAGCCAUAAAGAAAUUUAUAUUGCUAUUGUGUUGAUGGUGUAAAAAAAUUAAUGUUUUUUAUUAACAGCGUUAAUUAGUAUUAUUAUAUUUAAAUUAUGACAUUAUUAUUAAUUAUUUUAUUCUGUUGAUAAUUUCCUCUGCUAUGAUUUAAAAGGUCUUACAUUGCAAUAUUGUUCCAGUUUCAAAGCGCCUCUUUCGCUUCAAAGGAAGCGCACUUCAGAUCUGAAUGCAAUGACGAGCACAUUUUACGCUCUCGCAACCUAGAUUUAAUCUGUCCAGUAAUCGCUUCAGUAUAGCCCAUCGUUCUGUAUCUAGUGUAAAAAACCGCAAAACACCACAGGUGACAUAACUCACAAGGAAAAAACCCAGUCACGAGGAGGAAAUGUCAAGACAGAAAGAAUGGAGCUACAGUAUAAAAGGUAUGCAUAGCAUUGCUUAUUUAAAGGACACCAAGUCACUGUACAGACAGUACGAGUCGGUCAUCUCUGAAACUGAAUACAGUAGGAUGCGGAUUUUAACCUUGCUUGCCCUUUGUGCCAUCUUGUGCUGCUCUCAAGGCCGCGAGCAGGAAGAGUGCUUAAAGGAGAAUAUCCGAUUACCAAUGAUCAAAGAAAUGCAGAAGGCCUUUCCAGAAAUCCACAAAUCUCUACCUAAGGACACCAAAGCCUCCAAACGAAUUUUGGGAAAACUUAAAAAGUGCUCCAAGAACAUUGCUGACUUCAAACAACUGCUGGACAUUUAUGAUGAACAUGUUUUCCAAAAAUUGUGGAAGAACCACCCACAUCAAAUACCAGGAGUCUUUAUGGAUUCUUUCAGAACACUCAGGAACGUCAUGGAUCGAUGUGUGAACAGAGGCCCACAAACACCAUCUCGCUGUGCAAGGGAGACUCUUAAGAAAAUGAAGAAGCUGACGCAAGAUGAUCUUCCCAAAGCUGUGAGCGAGUUUCAGAAUGUUUUGCUCUGGAUCAGUCUCACUAUGGACAGAGGAAGAUCACACAAAAAGAUUUAAUAAUCCAGAUGGAGUGGUGAAAUCUACAUUGAUACACACACGCACACACACACACACACACACACACACACACACACACACAUGCAAACACUAUCACUUCCUCUAUCAAUGAUGGACAGACCACAUCCAAAAGAAGUUGGUUCCUAGAUGACAUUAACCACAUCCUAUAAUGAUCUUAUCUUCAACUGAAGCCAAUUUCUAGUUUAUUUGAUACAAGUUAAAUCUAUAUAUCUAAUAUUUAAUCUAAUACUGACAAGUUAUAGCUAAAGACACAGUGUAAUCCACAGUUAGCCAGUAGGAAGUGAUAUUUCUGUACCAACAUUUGGCAAAUUUUAUAUUGAGCUGAAAUGUGUUUGUUUAUUCAAAAGAAUGUUACAGUAGGCAUAUUUAUUGCCGUUUUAACUUCAUAAUUUAUGUUUUAUUUUAUGUUUUGAUUUAGUUCAUUUGUACACUCUUAAAAAGUUGUGUUAAAACAACACAUUUUGUGUCUAGUUAGAGACAACACAUUUAAUAACAUCUCUGUGUUAAUAUUGGAACAACACACUUUUUGUUGUUUUUAACACAUAAUGUGUUAAAUAGCAUAACACAAAAAAUGUGAAAAAAUGAACACAUUCUUUUUUUAGUGUUUGAAUAAAAAAUGGAAUUGAAAUAUUUUUACAAUGCAAAAAAUAUUUAUUAUAAUAUUAAGUUAAAACUGAACAUCAGGCAUCCAAUGUCUCGAUGAUCAGUUGUUUUUUAUUAUAUAUGCAAGAGUACUGAAUAUAAUCCUUUGAUGUACGACUGAAAUGUAGCAUUGUCUGUGAACCGUAUAUUUUCAAUAAAGUUUUAUCAGCCUGAUAA